CCCAUUCCAUGCCAUCCGGUCCCUUGUGGCCUUCUCCUCGCCCGCUCGUUCCCACCACUCUGCUCUGCUCUCCUCACUAGUCUGCUCUCCCCAAACCCCACAGAACCCUACCGUCCCCGCCGCGCCGCCAUGGCCGCCGCCGGCCGGCCGUGGCGCGUGAUACCGCGUCCUCUACUGGAGACCGUACUUCACAACUAUGCGCUCCACCCGCGCGUGCCACAGCCGCUCCUUUUCCACGGGCCACGCGGCGUCGGCAAGUCCACGCUACUCCUCCACCGUCUCCUCCCGCGGUGGUCCGACCAGCCCCACGCCGUCGCAUUCAUCAACUUCCUCCACCCCUCGCCGAGUUCUCCCGCCGCAGCCCCGUGGUCCCUUCUCCCCGCCGACCCAGCGUCUCCCCACUCGCUGCACGACCUCCGCCUUCGCCUCGAGUCCGCGCUUGAGGGCCUCGCCCGCGCCGCCGUCCUCUGCGGUGCUGUGGGCUCUAAGGACGUGCUCGCCGCGCUCUCCCGCAACCACGGCGUCAGUACCGCGCUCUCCCGCCUCUUGAUCCCCCCGGCCACACGCUCCUCGGCCACCUCUGUGCCAGCCCGCCGCUCUUCGUCGACCUCCGUUCCGGCGCUCUGGUCGAGGGCCGUGCUCGCCGCGGUGCACAGGGACGACACCGCGUUCUGCAUUGGCGAGGGGGAGGCGACUAGCUGCUCCAUGGAGGAGAAGGCAUACAUGCAGGAGGCAAUGGCAGCCUUGCGAGUGGCUAAGGAGGUGCUUGGGAUGCAGGAGGGGUGGAGGAAGGAGGCAAUUAGGGAGAUGAACAGAACUGGGCGAUUCUCGCGCUCAUUGGCCAAUUCGGCUACUGACUGGCCGUGCCUGUUGCUGGAUGUUCUGUCACGUGCGGCAGAGGAGGAAUUCUUCCAGCCAAAGCUGAUCCUGAACAAUGUGGAUGUGUUGAGGAAGGCAAUUUGUGAGGAUGAGACGAUGGUGCCUGCAGCGAUGUACCAUGAUAGCUUCAUUUGGAGGGUGAUUGCACUUGGCGCCAAUGAAAAGUGCUUGCCAGUUAUUAUGUCGACUUCAGAUGGUUUUACGGGUUAUGGAAUUUCUAACUGUAAAACAAGUACUCUGCUGCAUUGCUGCUACCUGGAAAGUAUCAACUUUACACAUUUUGUGAAUCAUUGCAGGUACUAUUCUUCUCAAGCAUUCGUUGAUUUUGGUUUUCCGAACAUAUUUAUUUCUCGUGAGACAUUUGGUUGGACGCCACAAGAAGCUAAGCUGCAUAUGGUUUCUGAAUUCUUCAGUGAACAGGAGUGGAAAGUUGUCGAUGAGGUUCUUGGGCCAAACCCACGGCAGUUAUCUGAGAUAUAUAUGCUGAAGCAAAAGGCGAAUAGCCCAGAAGUUCUUCAUGACAGAAAUAUUGAGGAAAUUAUUGAUACAUACCUGGCACACUUGCAAGUCUCUGUCGUUAAUCCAGCCAUGGAGAAGGCAUUAAAAAUGCUGCAGGAGUUUGCCUCAGAUGUCCGUGAGGGUAAAGUACCAAAGAUCAGAUCGUCCUUUGGUGCACCCUGGAGACAUCCACCUCGUGAUGACAAUCCUGACUUGUCCUAUAAAUGGGCGAAGAUUCAGCUAAUGGAUUUUAUCCAAUCUUUUGUAAACACUGAGUUUGGGGUGAACUACCUAGCAGAUGACAGCUUGGAAAUAUUGGAUGAUCCUGCUGCUGUUGCCAUGAUGGAGGUUGGUUUACUGUAUCAACAAAGAGAACCAUCCUUUAUGCGACCAAUCACUCGAGGGAUUCAGCGUUGUCUUGCCAGAUGGCUUGCUGAACAGAGAUUACAAUUGAACAUUCAAGAAACACUAGCAUUCUUUUGGCAACGUUUGAUACGGGGUCGAAGCUACCGCCACUUGAUGAAAGAAGUUGGCUACAAAUAAAGAGGUGAUUUCCAUGGACUAACAUUUUGACAUGAUAUCUGCAUAAGAAUGUUUCAAGGGUACAAUAAUUUUCUGGCCACUCAUUUUCUCAUCUGUUUAAUACAGCCAGCGUGGUCUGGAAGUUUGGAAUCAAAUCAAUCUCAGAUAGAGGUGGAUGACCAGUUUUACAUGUUCUGUUGCUGACGAAAAGAAUCAAUCAUUUUCUUAAUUAAUAAGCGAGGAAUGCAAAUGUUUAUUGUUUGGACUAGAGUGAAGUUGCAUCAGAAGUUGAUGCUGAAGCCUGAAGGCACUCGAAAAAUGUUGCAGAUGCAUUUCUACCUGUAUGGCAAUAUUUAGGGAGUCGAAUAUCUGCUGUAUGUCAAUGAGAAAAUGGGUUUUCACGUAUUGCAACUGCAUGAGUUAAUCUUCUGGGUUUCCAUGUCUCUGGUAA